ACACCUUUUUUCUUUUUUAUGAAUAGUCGGCAAGGGGUUUUGUGUGGAGUCCUCUGGCAUUUUCUCAGAGGCCAGGCGUGUGUGUUGUUGUGAGAGAGAGAGAGAGAGAGAGGGUCAUUCUUUGAACCCUAAUCUCCACCCAAAACCCAUUUUCCGGGAAUAUUUUCUCCCGGAAAAAGAAGAAAAAGAAGCUCAAAAUGCAGAAUCACAGGCUCAAGCAGCAGCAGCAGCAACAACAACAAGCUCUGAUGCAACAAGCUCUUCUUCAACAACAGUCUCUCUACCACCCUGGUCUCCUAGCUCCACCUCAGAUUGAACCAAUCCCAAGUGGAAAUCUGCCUCCUGGUUUUGAUCCAAGUACUUGCCGCAGUGUGUAUGUGGGCAACAUCCAUACACAGGUAACAGAGCCACUUCUGCAAGAAGUUUUUGCAGGUACUGGCCCAGUCGAAGGGUGUAAACUAUUUAGAAAGGAGAAGUCAUCCUAUGGAUUCAUUCAUUACUUUGAUCGUAGAUCUGCUGCUCUUGCCAUAUUAUCUCUCAAUGGAAGGCAUCUAUUUGGUCAACCUAUCAAAGUUAACUGGGCAUAUGCUAGUGGUCAGAGAGAGGAUACAUCAGGCCAUUACAACAUAUUCGUUGGCGACCUCAGUCCUGAGGUUACAGAUGCUACACUUUUCGCAUGCUUUUCUGUCUAUGGAAGUUGUUCAGAUGCAAGGGUUAUGUGGGAUCAGAAGACUGGGCGUUCAAGGGGAUUCGGGUUUGUUUCAUUUCGUAGUCAGCAGGAUGCUCAAAGUGCUAUAAAUGAUUUGACCGGAAAGUGGCUUGGAAGUAGACAAAUACGCUGCAACUGGGCAACAAAAGGUGCCGGCGGCAUUGAAGAGAAGCAAAACUCAGACAACAAAAGUGUGGUGGAACUAACAAAUGGUUCAUCUGAGGACGGUAAAGAGACAUCCAACGGUGAUGCUCCUGAGAACAAUCCUCAAUAUACAACUGUUUAUGUGGGUAACCUUGGUUCAGAGGUAACACAGCUUGAUCUCCAUCGCCAUUUCUAUUCCCUCGGGGCUGGUGUGAUAGAGGAGGUUCGUGUCCAGCGUGAUAAAGGCUUUGGUUUUGUGAGAUUCAGUACUCAUGCUGAAGCAGCUCUGGCUAUUCAGAUGGGGAAUGCUCAGUCUCAUCUCUGUGGUAAACAAAUUAAGUGCUCUUGGGGGAGCAAGGCCACUCCACCCGGAACUGCUUCAAAUCCACUUCCCCCACCUUCUGCUGCAUCUCUGCCAGGCCUGUCUGCUACUGAUAUUUUAGCGUAUGAGCGGCAGCUAGCAAUGAGCAAGAUGGGCGGCGUUCAUGCUGCGUUGAUGCAUCCACAAGCGCAACAUCCUCUUAAGCAGGCUGCAAUUGGAGCAAGCCAGGCGAUUUAUGAUGGCGGGUUCCAGAAUGUUGCUGCUGCACAGCAAAUGAUGUACUAUCAGUAAUAUAAUUCUCUCUCUUUAUGUCAUAUCUAAAUUUGUCCUGCACAUUGGUUGGUGUUAAAACUCUAGGGAGCUAUUUUUAUUCUUCCUUUUUUAAUUAAAUGAGGGUGAGGUAGUUAGCUCCUACCAUAAUAUAUUAGAUUAAACAUUUGUAUGCGUUUGUAUCAUGUAUGCGGGUUUCUAAUUAGUAGUGAUGAUGAGUGUUUGUUAUGAUGAUGAUUUUAAGAGAUGUUUACUUCUCACCCAUUUGGGUGCUAGUGUUAUUAUUAUGCGAUGAUUAUUGUCAUUGCCAUCCUAUCUUA